GCAAGUGACAAUUUUGACAGGUCAAGUCAGCGCGAGCCGUCAGUGAGUUUUUUUUUCUUAUUCGCGAAGGGGAUUAUCGGGAUGAACGACGCGAAAUUAAAUUUAACGCCCGAACGAAGGUACGAGAUGGACUUGCGCCUGGAGCUCGAGUUAAGCCAAAGCAUUCGCCAGCAGCGGAUUUUGGAUCGCGAGGUCAGCUUUUAUCACUCGGGCGCGCAGCCUGAGCCCGAAAGGUCCAUUCUCGACAAUUUGGACCGCGAACACGCCGAGUUGCUGGCGGACACUUUCGUUGCUUGCUCCGAUAGCAAGAAGAGGGAGGUGACCGGGGUUAUUUCGAACAUAGUCGCUCUGAUUCGCGAUCGUGAGGGUUUGGCCGACGCCGUGGCAGGGAAGGGGAAGUCUCUAAGGGAGGUGGACGCGGAAAUCGUUAAGGUGACCAAGAAGGUUAACGACCUGAAAAGUCAGGUGCCUACUGAGUUGGCCCAGGUGGAAAGAUGCCUAGCUGGUAAAAAAACGUUGGAGGUACUUGAAAGUAAACUGGAUUCCGUUAUUAAGCAAUGCUGCACGGUGGUGACAGAAAAUCGCGAUCUUCGGGAGGAAAUCGACCACAUGCUGAUUGAAAGGAUGAACUUCAACAAACUAUGGGAGGGCUACAUUACAAACUUGAGCAAUGGGAAGAAGCUCAUGAUGGAUAUCUUCGAGCAAGCAACCAUCGCCUAUGACCAACGAGAUGAGUGGAUCACCAGGUUAAACGCUUUGAGAAAACGCGCCCUAGACGAUUUGAGGCUGCACGUCUCGGAGAUGACUUCGCUGCGCAAAAAAAUGGACAAUGAGCGACUGCUGGAAGAGUUUAUGGCGAUAAAAGGUCAAUUUCGAAAUAUGUCCAACUUGGAGGAGAAGACCAUCCGGGAGCGGGAGGCCAAGCGAAAGCUACUAGACGAUUGCUUAUCGAAGCACAAAGCAAUCAUAAACGAAAUCAAGGCUUACACCAGGAUUAACCCGCAGACGGAAACCGGAAAGGUCAUCCAGAUCUACGUCGACUCAGAGGAGCGCAACAUUUCCACUUUCAAUUACGUCAACGAGCUCCAAUCACAGAUGGAGGUGAUAACCGAGCGGGUUAUGGACAAACAGAAGGAAAUUGAUCAGCAAUGGCAAAUCUCGCAGGGAUUCGUCGUGCGACAGAAGGAAGGGAUCAAGGAGCUGCGCGGUGCGUUGGCUAAGGCGAAGAAGGAGGCCGACGAAUCCAGUCGACAGUUGAACGCAACCAACUCCACGCUGAAAAGCUUGUACGUUGGGAUCGGGAGGCUCUUCCAGAUUUGCAAGUGCAGCAAAGAGCCGUUUAUGCAACUCCUGCAUGACUUCGGCAGCGUGAACGAUCACAACGUGUUCUGCUUCGUGGAGGUUCUCGAGGGCACGGUCAUUAACCUGUUGGCGAACGUCUACUUUAGGCAAAUCACCACCGUUCCCUUACAGAAGAAAACCGCAAAAGCAGAACAGGAAGUUAUCGACAGCACUAUUUCGGCACCUCCUAACUCGGCGAUCCAGGAUAUUAUUCCCACAAAUCCUUGUCCAUUAUGCACCGAUCGUGAGUUGGUCAGUGACGUUAUUGACACCCUCCAAUACGCGCUAACUCGUGACGAGGUGGCGGAUAAGCUGAGUCUGAGGUUGGCGUUGCCCGACGGUUUGGAGAAGCUCCACAACGUGUCGGCGUGCCACCUCCCGAAGUCGCGUCAAAUUAUACAAAAGCGGCUACAGUAGAAA